CAAUAAAUAUACUAAAUUGUGGUAUAGAUUUAUUAACAGUAUAAACUUUGGAGAUUGAGAAAAAAUGCAUAAUUACUGCUGCUGCUCCUUUAUACUCUUUAUGUUAUUGUAAAUGCGUCGAAAAUAGAAAUUUUUAAGCCGCAUAAUGACAUGUAAUGGUUUCAAUUCAUAGGAAAACGUCAUCAGUUGUCAAGAAACUCUAAAAUUGCCAAGGUCGCUUCUGGCCAAAAAUGUAACUUAGGUUUUAAAGCUACUCGGGGAACUAAAUUUGGAGUAUAAGCUGCGUCACUUUCAAAAUCUACAAUGUGUAAGACGGUUAUCAAGAACGAUUUAGAAACUUUUGACAAUGAAAUAAGGGACUUGAUAAUGCUGGAAGAUUCGACUCACGGUACUUUGUGUGCCAUCCAUAAAACCAUCAAUUCCACUGAUAACUUUCCUCACUCGAACCAUCAAAUGCUACGCCUAUGUCCCAGUUUUUCGGGGUAUCACAGCAAAAUACCAAUUAGAUCGCGACAGAACAAAAGUCCAAAUUAUAGACAGCGAUUACCAAAAACUUCGGCACCCAAAAAUGUCUGCAGACACGCCUCCACCAUCGCACCUUACCAUUGCCCGAAUGCAGGACACGUACUCUCGGUUAUGAACAUAGAGAAAACGCUCAGUUGCCCAGGAAAUAUGUACUACGAGAAUUCAUCAAAUAGGAAUUGUGGAAUGUCUUCGAAAAGCUCGUUGCAAAUUGAUUGCAAGCUAGCUCAAAGUUUAGUCAAUACCGACGAAGUGGUUUGCGAAUUGAAAGACGAAAUUGAAAGGAUCAAAGUCCAAUUGAAACACAAGACGGACACUAAACCACAAAAUAAAAUUGAAGACGAAGCGUUUCAACUAGUCAAAUUAAAAAAUGAAAACAAAAGAUUAAAACGAGAAGUGGAGGCUAAGAAAAAGCUUCUGGAAGCUUCGAGAAAAGACGUCGAUAAAGCUCGAGACAUUCUCGGCGACUACGAAAAAAAGGUCAGCUUACUACACGCUCAAGCUAUCAAAUCGUCGAAAGCGAUGAAAGCGAGCAAGGAAAAAUUUUGUAAAUGUUUGAGCGAGAAAGACGACACAAUUAGAUGUUUGAAGGAGAACAAUAGCGGCCUCGUGAUCACCAUCGAAGAGACGAGACGCCAAUAUAACAGGAAGGAAGAAGAGUGUGAACAAAUGAAAGCGGCCUUAGAAGAAACCAUCGAAAAAUGUUCCGCGCUGAAAGAGACUAACCAAAAUUUCUGCGAAUGCAUUGAAAGCCUAAAGCAGGAAUUGGACAAGUCCGCUACAGAAUCUGAGGAAUAUAAAUCGUCUGUGAAGAAAUUGGAACAAAAACUGUGCAAUUUGAACUCCGCCUGUAAGAAAAUCAUGUCGAAAAUGAAACGGCAAAAAGAGCAUUACGAACAGCAAUUGAAAAACCGCGAAACAAGCGAAAGAUCUUUAUCGGAGCAAGUGUCCUUUUUGUCAGAUCGAUUGACUGACGUGAACAAUCAAAAAAUGGGAUACAACCAACUCAAAACUCACUGUGACGAACUUGAAAAGAAGCUCAAACAAUACGAACGGUAUUCUGAAAAGUGUCAAUGUUUGGAAGAGGAAUGCAAGAAACAGUACGAACUGAUAAUACAAAAUGAAAGAGCUUUCGAAAAACGUAGGAAUGAAAUGCAAAACCUUGUCGACGAAUUAACGACGGUGGUUAACAACAACAAGGUGUCACUGCUGCAAAUGUCGGAGAUAAAUAAACAGCAGCAAAUGUUAAUAAGGGAUCAGAGCGUAGCUCUAAUGACGAAGGAGGAACAGUUGGAAUUGCUAGGAAAGCAAUCCGAAAACUUUAAGCGAAGAAGUGAAGAGCUCGAGAAGGAAGUGGGUGAUUUGCGAAGGUCGUUGUCAGAACCUUGCAGUAAAGAUGCGUGUUUAUGCAUUUCUAAGGAGCUCCAAGAAUUAAGACGAACUCUAAGCGAGGAACGUGACAACCAUCUGCUCAAAGAGAAAAUUAUCGAGGAUCAAUCUCAAACCAUUUUAAGGCUUCAGCAUCAAGUCAAAGAUAGGUUAUACGAACUGAAUAAAGCCCACUCGGACGCAAAGUAUCUAGAACAAGAACUUAUGAAAAUCAAUGAACAACUGCAUCAGAAGCACAAAGAGCUAGACAAGCAGAUGGACGAGAAAGAUAAUUUGAUCGAGAAAUUGAAGAUCCUAGAAGGUCAGAAGAAACACUUGGCGCGAGAAAUCGACGACUUUGAGGACAUGCUCGCUAAUUUUCGAGACACUGACGGGGACGACGAACAUCAAGAAAAAGUCUUGGCUGACCUAAAGAACCAAAUAGAAGAGCAACGAAACGAGUGGGAAUGCCAAAGAGAAAACUUAGCUAAAGAGAAACAGAGGGCCGUUUAUGCAGCGAAAUUCGCCACAAAAAAAUUGCUGGAAACCACUGCCGAAUUUCAAAUGCAAGUGGAUGCACAGAAAAAAGUCCAAACGUUACUAACGAAAAUGUUACACGACAAGGAUGAGCAACUGAAAAUUGUGAGCUCUAAGAUGUCUAAUAUAAAUGCGAUUACAAGUCAGACUUUCAAAGAAAAUGUGGAACCAAUGCAGGAGCUUUACAGACGAAACAUGGAUAAAAUAGUUUCAUCCAAUCCGACUACCACUACAUCCUUUUACUCCUCGUGUUCGAGUUGCUGCAAAGCAGGAGCUGGAAGGCGGCAGUGCGAAACGGUGCCAUGUGCAACAAUAAAUAAUUUGUUCGAUUCACUAAACCUUAGUGUCGAGCAACCUAUAAGGGAUUUUUAGCUGAUUGUUCAGAAGCCAUGAUUGAUUUUGUGUGGUAACUGUUUGUUAUUGGAGAUGAGUGAUUAAUAAAAUGGAUAAAAUAAGUCGAUGGUACUCUUUUUUUCGUUUUAAUAGUUCAAAAGAAUUAAAUUUGAUUCUGCCAUCAAAUAUGCUUGCAAGACUAUUAUUGGUAAUUUAGGUAUCUACAUUGACACCGUGGAUGCAAAUCUUGGUGAAAAAUCUUCUAAAAUUUAAAACUGAACAUUUCGCACUUCUCAGAUUCAAGUUUGAGUCACAAACAAACU